AGUUUCGGAUCGGGAUGUAAACAAUGAAACACAACAUGGAGUAGCGCAUGUUUUGUAGCUACUGGGGUACAUUUCGCAUUAUUUGUAAAUUUAGCAUUGUGUUGUUAUAUUUACAUUGAUCGGAGCCAUGAAAUUCUACCAGACACUCCGUAAUGCAGCCAAGUUCAGAACCGUGUUCGACUUUGGUGGACGGGACGUAGCUCAUUGGUUCCCUGGACACAUGGCUAAAGGGUUGAGGCAGAUGAGAGCCAGCCUCAGGAACGUGGACUGCGUCAUAGAAAUCCAUGACGCCAGAAUCCCCUUCUCUGGAAGAAACCCUGUAUUUCAGGAUACUCUGGAUGUCAAACCACAUGUGCUAAUACUCAACAAGAUGGACCUCGCUGAUCUGUCACACAAGCAGAGAAUCCUGAAGAAGUUAGAAAAUAACGGAAUGAGGAAUGUUCUCUUCACAGACUGUUUAAAGCAGCGAGAUGACAACAUGAAAAAGUUGGUACCAAUGGUGAUGGAAAUGAUUGAGAGCACACCACGCUUUAACAGAGAUGAGGCUACAUAUUAUUGCCUGAUGGUGAUUGGAGUGCCCAAUGUGGGAAAGUCAUCCCUCAUUAACUCAUUAAGAAGAACAAACUUGAAAAAAGGUCGAGCAUCUAAAGUAGGUGGGGAACCAGGUAUAACUAAAGCAGUCUUGACUAAAAUUCAGGUGUGUGAAAGACCUUUGAUGUACUUGUUGGACACACCAGGAGUCUUGCCUCCUAAGAUUGAGAGUGUUGAAACAGGCAUGAAACUGGCUUUAUGUGGAACCAUACUGGACCAUUUAGUGGGUGAAGACGUUAUUGCCGACUACUUGCUUUAUUCACUGAAUAGAUUAGAGAACUUCAGUUACGUAGAAAAAUAUGACCUUCAGGAGCCCAGUGAUGACAUCCAACAUGUCCUCAAACGCAUCGCUGUAAAACUUAAAAAGACCCAACGGGUCAAAGCCAUCACUGGAGUGGGAAACAUAACUGUCAUUGUCCCAAACUACACAGCAGCGGCGUAUGAUUUUAUAAGAGCCUUCAGGAAAGGAGAGCUGGGCCGGGUAAUGUUGGACUGACCCAAGCCUCUUUGCUGAAGAUGGCCACAGGCUGUAUGGAUUUGGACUGACUUUAAGACUGAAGUGUCAUCAAAGGAAUAUUAUCCAGAGACAUGAAGAAGUUUCUUUUGAUGUGUGAGAAGUGACCACUAAGUCCUUAAAAUGAUUGUAGUUUAAUUCAGGCAUGUAUAUAGCACACUGGGAGGCAAAUGUCUGACUUGCUGUGAACAGGAUGUUUAUUAGCAUAAAGACAUUGACAACAAAGUGUGUUUAGUACUUCCACAAGUGUUUGAGCAUGUAAGUGCACUUAUAUAUAAGGAACACUCACUCACUAUGAGCAGCACUUUAUCCCUUUAAAAAACAACAUCCAGGAGGAAUGCAUAACCUAGGGUAAUAGCUGCAAUUAUUAAAGAAACCAGCUGUAAGAGCGAGCAUUG